AUGUGGGACGGUGUGAAACGGUUAGCCCGGAAUCGGAUUUUCAUGUUUCAUUUGGUGGGCGGUGUGUUUCGGUACAUAGGGUUUGGCGGCUAUUAUAUCAACAAAACCAAAUACAUUGAGUCCCAGUUCCGGUACACGAGCUCCGGGGCCAGCUUUAUCACCGGCGCCACGAGCGUACUGCCCAUGGCUGUGGGAAUCUUACUAGGUGGUUUAAUGAUUAAGUAUUUUAAACCCCGACCAUUUCGGCUCGUUGUAUACAUGUUUGUGGUCGAGUGGUUUACCAACGGUGCAUUUUUUGCGGCCAUGUUCAUCGGCUGUCCGCCCCUCACCCUCCCCUCUACUCUCACCAUUAAUAACCAGUUUUUAUUAAGCGCACGAUGUAAUAUGGGAUGCGAUUGCACGACCAGUGUGUUCACCCCUAUAUGCGGGUCAGACAAAUCUACCACAUAUUUUUCACCAUGCUACGCCGGCUGCCAUACAAUAGACAGAGUGGCCAAGAAAGUAUCGGGCUGUUCGUGCAUCAAAGGUAACGGUGGUGUCGGCACAAUA